ACACACAGCAAAACUAGCUUUGUGUUUACCGAUCAAACAGCAUAGCAAUCGUGGGUGAAAUAGCGUUCCACUGAUCACCUAGCAAACAAAUGGAACGCAGUGCCUAGCAACUCCGGUUGAGGCACUUUGAUCAACCGCUCCACGUGCAGACUGAACGCCAUUUCGGUUCUCUCACACAUGAAGCUGGACUCAGAACCUGAGUACUUUCUAUUGGAUAGCACAGCAAGUGCACCCUUUGCCUAGAUACCUUACACCUGAGUCCCCGAAAUGCAAAGCUAACAGGGAUCUUCUAUUAGAAGAGAUUGAAACUGGUUCAUGGAUUCUGAAACAAAUCUUACAAUGGACAUGAAUAUGGUUAAUAAGAUAUGUCUUUCCUUGAUGGAUGUAUUAUUUGACCCUGCGAGCAGAGAUCUAGUUUCGAGCAAUGACAACCCAUCAGCAAUCAAGUACUCCAGCUUUGUGUUAUCGAUAAUCACCUGUAUCUUGGGGUUGGUUGGCAACACAGUCGUUAUCAUUGUCAUUGGAUUCGUGAUGAAGACAUUUAAAUCCAGAAUCUGGUUCCUAAACUUGGCGGUGGCAGAUUUGAUGUUUCUCCUGGUUUUACCACUUAAUGCUGUGUCUGUAUUAAGAGCAAACUGGUCUUAUGGAAAUCAUAUCUGCAAAAUGUACAAUUUCCUUUCCAUCGUCAAUAUUUAUGCCAGUAUAUUCCUCAUUACGGCUCUUACUAUUGAUCGUCUACUUUCAGUAGUGAAACCAAUCUGGCAUCACAUGUUCUAUUCUCCUCGUGUUUGUUACUGUGUCUGUGCAUUUAUUUGGGUGGUAACUGUACUCUGUAGUAUCCCAGUGAUAUUAUACAGCAAUGAGUUUGAGGAUGAUGGAAGUAAAAUUUGUAGUUUAUUUCCUUCUGAUAUUCACAGGUUAACUAUUUUAAGUCAAUACACAAACGAUAUCGUAUUUCCAGAAUAUGCUUUAAAAGACAUAGAGGAAACAUGUUUUGAUUAUAUUAGUGAUGAUAAUGAGUUUAAGGAAGUUCUAGAAAUUUGGACUGGAAUUGUCUCAUCAACACGCAGCAUUCUAAUCCCUCUUCUAAUAAUUGGCUAUUGUAUUCCUUUGUGUGUUAUACUAUGUUCUAAUGUAGCUAUUGCUCUGAAAGUAAAAACAUCUAAGCACAUUAGAUCAUCCAAACUCUACGGAAUUGUAGUUGCUGCGAUCAUAGCUUUUUUUCUCACACAGACCCCUCUUGUGAUAGCCCAGUUCUUUCUUCUAACUGCUAUUCAAAAUAUAAACUUUUCAUCAAUAUUUAAGAUAGUUUCGUUAUCACCGCUUCUGUCCAGCAUAGCUUACCUGAACUGCUGCCUAAACCCCAUCAUCUAUGUGUUUCUCGGGAGUGAAGUAAUGGCUGUGUUUACAAAUAUCCUCAACCGAGUACGACAGCGAUUUACCACCCGUUCAUCCUCUGUACCAAACACUCCCAUAAUAAUACAACUAUCACCAUGUUAAAGUAACGCUAAACUUCACUUUUUCUUUUAUUAUUAAUCAACGGAUUUCAACUCCAUCUAUAGAAAAUUAAAAAAAAACUCCCUAAUAUAGCUAACAUUAUCUACUACUGACUUAAAAUCUUUCUGUCUAUGAUUUUAAAUAUCUUCUGCCUCUCACAUACACUUUUUAUCCUCAUUUACUAUCUAUUUAUCUUAUUCUGAGUGCGACAUCGAUAUACCCAGUCUCUGUACCAAUCACUGCCACAUUAAUACAAAUAGCAUUGUGUUAAAGUGACAGUAUACCUUAAUGUAGCAAUUCUUUUUGUUAUUAAACAAUAAUUUUUUUCAAGUCCACCUUCAGAAAAUAACAUUUCUUUAAUAUUGAUAACUUCCUGUACCACUCAUAAUCUUUCAAUCUUCAAUAUAGUUCAAAUUCUGUACCACUUACUCAAUAUCUUUCGGUCUGUCACAUAAUUUGUCUCUUUGUCUCACUCGUACACUCUAGAAUUCAGUGUUUAUUUUUCUCCAUCUGUCCCUUUCUAUCUCUCUAUUAGUCUGCUAGUACUUGGUAGUAUUGAUGAUAUGUAGAUAGUUUUGAUUUAAUAUUCAUAUAUCUUUCUAAGUUCUUCAGGGCAGAUUACUAAAAUAUAAGAUUCUCUAACUUUCUUUUUUCCAUUCCUACCCUUAAACGUAACUUAAAAUGCUACCCUAAAUACUAUCCCUAAACCAAGUUUGGCUGAUAUUGUUUAAAGAUGGUGGGGCACUCAACUCUGCAGCCUAGAAUUUGACUCUGCCUGUGUCUUCUCCGGAACAGUCCCAACUAACUGGUAAUGGUUCUGGACAAAUAGUUUGGAGUCCAUGAUACAACAUGCUUCUUUUUUCAUCUUUCUAACCUUGAUUGCACAGGUACUGGUAUUAUAUUUGCAGUGCUAUACUGACAUCUAGUGUUUUUAUGCUUGAAGUAUCCUGGUCUGGUAAUUUAACAGCCCGAUAUUUAUGUAAAUUU